AUGUCGAAUCUCGGAGAGAUCCAACGCUCUGCCGAUUUUAGCCUCCAGCCGAGCGAGGAGAAGGUCAAGCAGAACUCGGACAACUGGCCGCUUCUUUUGAAGGGCUGGGACAAGCUCAACGUCAGGACCAAUCACUUCACGCCUUACCCACAGGGUUGCAGUCCUCUCAAGCGAGAAAUCAAGGACUACAUCGAAACCGGUGUGCUCAACGUCGAUAAGCCGUCGAAUCCCUCCUCCCACGAAGUCGUCGCUUGGAUCAAGCGAAUUCUCAAGGUCGAGAAGACUGGCCACUCAGGCACCCUCGAUCCCAAGGUCACUGGUUGCCUCAUUGUCUGCGUCGGCAGAGCCACCAGAUUGGUCAAGUCGCAGCAGAGCGCUGGUAAAGAGUACGUCUGCAUCUUCAAGCUCCACGAGGAUAUCCAGGAUGAGCAGAAGAUCUACAAAGCGAUCGAAACCCUGACUGGAGCCAUGUUCCAGCGACCACCACUCAUCUCUGCCGUCAAGCGUCAGUUGCGUAUCCGAACCAUUUACGAAUCCAAGCUCAUCGAAUACGACAACGAAAAACGCCUCGGUGUCUUUUGGGUUUCCUGCGAAGCUGGAACUUACAUCCGAACCAUGUGUGUCCAUCUCGGUCUUCUCCUCGGCUGUGGAGGACAAAUGCAAGAGCUCCGACGAGUUCGUUCUGGAAUCAUGAACGAAAACGAAUUGAGCUGCACGAUGCACGACAUUCUCGACGCUCAGCAUGUGUACGAAACGACGCGGGAUGAGACUUACCUUAGGAAAAUUGUGAUGCCACUUGAAGUCAUCCUCGUCAAGCACAAAAGAAUCAUUCUCAAGGAUUCGUCCGUGAACGCAGUCUGCUAUGGCGCGAAGAUCAUGCUUCCCGGUGUGCUCAGAUACGAAGACGGAAUUGAAAUCGACCAGGAAAUCGUCUGCGUCACCACGAAGGGUGAGGCCAUCUGCAUCGCCAUUGCCCAGAUGACCACUGCUGUCAUCGCCACUUGUGAUCAUGGCGUCGUUGCCAAGAUCAAACGAGUUAUCAUGGAGCGCGACGUCUACCCUAAGAAGUGGGGUCUCGGACCAAGAGCUUCGCUCAAGAAAGCCAUGAUCAAGUCUGGCAUGCUCGACGAGUACGGCAAGCCUAACGAGAAGACCCCAGACUCCUACGUCGAUGGUGUUACAAGCAAACUCGGCAAGGCUGUAGGAGCUUCUGGCAACAUUGACGCCAUGGCCGCCGCUUUGGCCAAGUACAAGGAGAUUGUUGGCGAUCUUGAGCCCCCAGCAGCUAAGAAAGUGAAGUCAGAGGUGGAUAGCAUCGGGGAGGCUGUUGAGUCAAUGGAUGUUGAUGACGGCGAAAAGAAGAAAAAGAAGAAGAAGAAGAAAACGAAAUCCGAGUCUGAAGAUGUAAAGACGGAGCCCGCCGAGGAAGAGUCGAUGGAAGCGGAAUCUGGCGAAAAGAAGAAGAAGAAGAAGAAAAAGAAGAAGGUUGAAGCCUCCGACGAGGAAUGA